CGCGGUGGAAGUCGUCGGUCCACUCGAUCAGCGAGCGAGUCGGUGCCGCGCGGCGGAUUCCCCGACCCGAGCAAAGGAACCGGACAUGCGGCCGCGGCUGGUGCUCUUCGGCGACUCCAUCACCGAGCUGUCCUUCGCGUCCGGCGGAUGGGGCGCCGCGCUCACCGACCGCUUCGCUCGCCAGGCUGACAUGGUGCUGCGCGGGCUCAGCGGCUACAACACGUGGUGGGCGCUCAAGGUGCUGCCGUGGGCCAUGGAGGGCGCGGCGGGCGCGGACCCGGCGGCCGUGACAGUCUUCUUCGGCGCCAACGACGCCUCUCUGCCGGACCAGGUGCAGGUGCACCAGCACGUGCCGCUCAAGGAGUACCAGAGCAACCUCCGCGCCAUCUGUGCCUACUUCAAGGAGCGAUGGCCCUCCACUGCUGUCAUACUCAUCACUCCUCCACCGAUUUACGAGCCAGCGAGAAUCCGGUAAACAAAUACUAGAUCCAAUUGGAAGAUACUCCUACUACAAAUCAAAUGAACCCACCGAUAUCACGCUUGUUCGCUCUACUGAUGAUGCUAGCUUUCUGCGGGAAAUGUCGUGGUCGAUCGACGAUCAUGGCA